AGAUAGACGGUCGUCCCCGUGGAUUUUGUGCUCCUGUUUCUGGCGCCUCCCGUUCCAACCUUCGUGCAUUCCUCCCUCCGCCCACGCGAUCUAUACCAAACCGUCGUUGUCUGGCCUCGUGAUGGAAGUACUUGUGCUUCCUGCUUGAGGCUGUCCAGACCGCCCGUUCAGAGUUCGAACGUGCCCCGUGAUGGCGUGAAUCUGCUUCAAACUACGCUCCUCUCUUUGCUGAACUGGUCGUUCCUGAGAGGUCUGGACACUCUCCCGUCAUUACCCGCGGGGAACUCUUAACGAUAUACAACGGAGGGAAUUGAAGCGAUGCACAGCGGCAAUGGCAGGUAGCGAAGAACACUCUGCGACGCCAUCUCCUCAAGCUCGCGAUGCCCCCGGACACUAUCCCUCUGAUAGUGACGAAAGUCACCAGCACGGCAUUGUUGCCUCGGACCCGCGGUCUCUUUCUCAGGCAGUGAAGUCAAGAAGAGCGGAGUAUACGCGCCAGCGGUCCAUUCGCAUCAAGAUCGGAACUUGGAAUGUGGCUGCUAUUGCGGGAACAGAGAAGGAUGUUGGGGAGUGGUUCGUACAUGGCAAAGGAGUCUGCGAAAGGCUAUCUACCGCAAAGCUUGCAAAAGAGCAAGGGCAACAAAGUCACGAAAGGUCACAGUCCGAGGAAAGUGGUCACUCAAGUGGUGGCAGUGAUGAUGGAAAAGACGACUCCUCCGUCAGGCCGGAAGACGUAGGUAUUUACGCUCUUGGUCUGCAGGAGAUUGUGGAUGUCUCGUCGCCCUCGGAAGCAUUGAGACCCUUUGUUGACCCCGGGCCAUCUACUCGAUGGAAAGAGGCCAUGAAGAAGGCCCUGCCUGCGGGCUACGAACUGGUUGCGGAGCAGCAAUUGGUCGGCCUCUUGAUACUCAUAUACGCUUCUCCAGCUGUUGUAGGGAGUAUAUCAUCGGUUAGCACCACGAGUGUGGGGACCGGUCUAAUGGGCUACAUGGGGAACAAGGGCGCUGUUGCUGCCCGUAUUGUGCUCGGCGAGACGGCUCGUUUGGUGUUCGUCAAUUGCCAUCUGGCUGCAGGUUCGGAUAAAGCAAGUCUAGAACGCCGCAAUUGGGAUGCUAGCCAGAUUGUGGCACGCGCCAAGUUUGCCCCGUUGGAUCCUGAAGAUGACAUCUUGGGAGAGCCAAGCGAUAGCAUUGGCAAGGAAGAUUUUGCGUUCUGGUUUGGAGAUCUCAAUUAUCGUCUGGAUGAUAUACCGGGGGAGGAUGUCCGGCGGCUCUUGUCGCUGCAUACACCAAACACAUAUGAUGCGACGCACGAGUCAGAGCGCAAAUCCAUCGGGGAUAGCGACACUGACACUGAUCCCCAAUCUCCGCAUGUCGUUGGGGAAGAAGAUGAUGAUUCAUCUGCGGGUUCAACUCGUCUUGUAGUCGAUUCUGCACCGGUAGCGCUGGUUGACAAAGACAUCGAACCAAAUUCCAACCCAGAAAAUCUUCGCAUGACCCUGUCGUCUCUACUACCUCACGAUCAACUCAUUGCACAACAAUCUCAAGAGAAAGCAUUCCACGAAGGCUGGAAGGAAGGUGAGAUCAAUUUCCUUCCAACCUACAAAUACGAUAUUGGUAGCGUUGCAAUGUUCGAUUCGAGCGAGAAGCAGAGAGGCCCGAGUUGGUGCGAUCGGAUCCUCUAUCGAACAUGGCAUGACAAACGCAGGUAUGAGCGACGAGUCCAGGAGGCCAAGGAUGCGAAGAAGAAGGACGACGAGAUGAAGGCGCGCGGCCUGGACAAGGCAGUAGAAGAUGAUAACGUCCUGUUCGAAUACGACCCUGAUGUCGACGGCGUGAAUGAAUUUGAAGAAUACGACGAAACUGAAGACGCUGCUGGCGAUCCAACUCCGUCGGAAAGCCGCGUGGCUUACGACGAUCCGGUCAGACUCGACCAUUAUCUCUCACAUCAGGGUAUCCUCUCCUCGGACCACAAACCACUGGAUGCUCUCUUCACCCUGACUUAUAAUUCUGUCAUCCCGGAACUUAAGACUAUGGUGUACCAAGAGGUUGCUCGAGAGCUGGACAAGGCUGAGAAUGAAGCGCGCCCUUCUGUGACUGUCGUGGUAGACCAUCAAACUGAUCUCCAGGAUGGAGAGGGAGAUGACACUGCGACGAAGGAUCCCAACGCUGUUGAGUUUGGCGAUGUCCCUUAUGGUGUCCACGUUACGCGAAGUCUCACCGUUGCCAAUACCAGCAGUGUCCCUGCCACCUUCACUUUUGCUGAGAGAGCCGGUGGUAGCAAGGAGACCACUGGUAUAGCCCCUCAUUGGGUGGAGAUUCGUGUCCAUUGGCCUUCCCACGAGAAGAAACACGAUAGUAAGAAGAAUCAGAGUCCGGACGAAUAUACACUGUCUCCAGGUGAUACUGCAAACAUUGAUCUCAUAGCCAUCGUCAAGGAUAUUACACAGGUCCGAUUGCUCAAUUCCGGCCAUCAUAAGUUAGAGGACGUCUUAGUCCUCAGGGUAAUCUCGGGCAGGGACCAUUUUAUUCCAGUUAAUGCCCGGUGGCUGCCGACGUGUUUUGGGCGUUCAUUAGAAGAACUUAUAUACAUGCCAGAAGGCGGGGCCCGUAGCCUCAUACACACCCCUCCCGAUCAGUUGAAAUUUGAGGGGAAAGCUCGCUUAUCGGCGCCUCGAGAGAUCUUCCGGCUUACUGAGGCCAUAUCUGAUCUGACAGUACGUGCUGUUGCUGAAUGGAGCAUGAUGAAAGGGCCCGCCGAAGGGGAGUCGCCUCCGCCUUGGACUUUCGGGCCUAAUGGUGUAUCUGCCUGGCCCUUUGAGCCUGAGACAUGGACUAUGAGGGAUGAGACCCAGCGAGAACCGUUUCUUGCUGCGGUUCGCGAAGCUCUGGACACGAAUGGGUCUCUGAACGACGUAUUCCCGCCCGAAGUGCUAUCUCUGCAUCGCCUGGAGAUCUUGUCCGAAACUCUCGUUGCUUUCAUCCGCUCCCUAGAUGGGCGGAUUAUCACGAAAGAUCUUUUCACAGACAUGUCUCAGCGAAUGUUGUCACGGGAGAAGGCCCAGAUGCCACUUCAAUCCACGGAAGAAGCACAAGCAUGGGUCUUGGAAGGUCUCUCCUCUUCCCCCGUCCACAGUGUAUCAUUUACUUUCAUCACCUUUAUGCUUCUCCGAAUCGCAAACGAGAUUGUGCCAGUCUCAGCUAUUCCGACGCGUCCUCCUGCAGCUGCAACGAAGUCUCCAAUGACGUCCGAGAUCUCGGAUCCGGGGUUCGCAGCUGAUCUGCCAUCAGCGUCAGUCCCUCCGCUUACUUCGCCGACUACAACAGCGUCUUUUAUGUCGGCCGCCAGUUUGAGGCAGCGAGCCCGGACCCUGACGACGUCUACAUCGUCCGAAGACCAAGGCAGGACGGAUCUUCAGCGACGGCAGGCAGUGGAAAAGGCCUUCGCAUCAUUGUUUGCUGACAUCAUAAUCGCUCCUGAUGUGCAUGUUCCACACAAGGAAAAGGAGAGACGAGCAUUGGAAGAGCGAAAAAGGAACAUCAUAGAGCCGUUCUUGAAAGCAGUAGCAGUGGAUGAUUGCGGACCAUCCGGUGGUGCAACUUAGGGGCGUCGUUGCUGGCAAUGACCGGUCAUCAACUUACUCCUCUCUUUUUUCCCCCUUUCUAUCGAGAACAGCGGAUACUACCAACUUUCCCAUAUACCCGUCCUUUGUCCACGAUUAGAGCUGUCAUUGUACAGUCAUACUCCGCCCUAUAUACUAUGUA